AGCAGCUAUGUUGGGAGUUUCAUCCAGUCUGUUGGUUGAGUGGAAUCUGUCUGAGGCGGUAUUAAAUGGAUAAAGCAGGUUGCUACUUUAGCUUUAAGGGUGAGAUAUUUCCUUCAGGGUCUGGACGAAGGCUGAAGGGACCAGAGCCUGACACGGUGGAUGAUUCAAUAUGUGAAGACUCAUCUGAGUUUAUAGAGGGGGAGAGACCUCGCCCUCAAGGAUCCUCCCCUGUAGAUGAAUACCCUGAGACUGACAAAUACAAGGACAGUGAUAAACAGGGUGGAGGUGGGAGUGGCAAAAAAGGAAAGAGAGGUUUUGGGUCCCUGUUUGAAAAGCGCUCCCCUGCCAAGAUGAGUCAACUGGAGAGCCCAGAGUCAGGAGUGAUUGUGAAAAUGGCAAGAGAGACAUGUGCCGAGGGCCUCGUCGUAAGUGGAGGGAAGAAGGGAAUCUUCAUCAAAGAAGUGAGGCCAGAGUCACCAGCCUCAAAGCUUCUUAGUGUACAUGAGGGUGAUCAGAUACUCAGUGCCACUGUGUAUUUUGACGAUGUUACAUAUGAAGAUGCUCUACAGAUAUUGGAACAUGCCCAGCCUUACAAGAUGGAGUUACUUUUGAAACGCAAACCAAUAAAGACAUCCACACUUGAGAGGGAACCAGCCCUUGAAGUCAUCCAAGUGAAAGAAGGUUCCUCUCCGGAAAUGAGGGGACAUUCAAAGACAAAAAGGCAUGGUGACCGAAUCUCUUGGCCCAAGUUCCCCUCCUUCAGCAAAAGUCAAAAGUCCCAUUUUAAGAGGUCUCACAGUACUUCAGAGGCCGAUGAUAAGAGGAAGCUGGAGCUUAGCCCUACAACAAGUGACACAGAGUCGCCAAUAAAAUCUCAGGAGGCUGUCAAGGGCAAGACAAAGAAGCAUAAGAUAAAGUUAUCAAGCAUGAAGAUGAAGGGCCGCAAGAGCAUGUCUGUUGAACAGCCGGACCAGGACAUAGACAUACUAACUGUAGAACGUGUAGAGGGUAUGGAAAACCAACAGAGUCAAGAUGACAUACACUCACCAGAUGGUCUAGAGAGCGCAUCAGUAGAUAUAUCUGAAGUAUAUGUGUUAGAAUCAGAAUCUGAAAAAAUUGAACCCACCAAGAUAAGAAAUGAAUGCAUUAUUCCAGACCUGGCAGCCUCUGAAACUAAAAAACACAAGGUAGAACUCAUUAGUCUGGACAAAACUUUGAAAACCACAGACAUAACAGUUGCUCUUGCUGAUCAAGAAAGUCCCUCAACCAAGAAAUCUCCAGAGGGAAAGACAAAGAAGAAAGAGAAUAAAGAGAGGUCAGAACUAAAGUUUACAUUCAAGGGAAAUGAGAAAAAAGACAAACACAAGCAAAACAUACCAGUAAAAGUAUCACUAAAAAACCUGAAGACACCAAGAACAGAUAUGAUAACAUCUGAUCUGUCUGCACAUGACAAUACAUUGCUGAGCCCAACUGUUGUAUCACAUACUGAGCUGGAGGAGUGUCAACUCCCAAUUGAUAUCAACACUCAAGUAAUCAUCAAUGAGAGUUCAGGGAAAACCCUACCCUCCACUGAUAAGGAAAUGAGCAUGCCAAAAGUAGACAUCUGCCUUGACAUGUCAGAUAGAGGAUUUAUCAGGAAAUCCCCUCAGAUUGGACAAGAUCAACACUUGAAGGAAACAUAUGUUAAAACUGAUGUGAAUGCACAGGAAAUUAGCAUACAUGCUAACGUCAUCAGUAUUACAAUGGAACCAGACUCGCAGAUGGAAAUACAAGCUUCAAAGUUACCUACAGAGAGAAGCAUUGAUGAUGUUUUAGCACAAAUUGGUACAAGAUCUGCUCCCAAAUUCAAACUGCAGAGGGUGGACCCUGCUGACUUUGUUACUGACAAACCCAUAAAAAUGACAGAUGUGAAGAUUGUAGAAAAGGACGUGAAAGGCCUUACAGUUGAGGAUAGGGGGUUAAAGAUACUUCCAAGCCGUGAGGAUAUUGAGAUUCCAGGCAUAGAAGAUGCAUCAUUAACUAGCACCAAGGCCCCAGUGAUAAAACAGCCUAAAACAGCAUUCACUCUUCCUUUUGAAGAAAUCCAGGCGCAGACUGUACAGAUGGUUAUAGACGUUGAUAGAGUUAAAGAGGCUGUCUCCAAAUUGCCAGGGUUCAAGCUGCCGAAGGGUGACAUUGCAGGCCUGCCUGCUCAUCAACAAAUCACAAUGACAGACGUGAAUGCAGAAAGAGUAGAUGUGACAGUAGAUGCCACACUGUCUAAAAUCACAGACAUAAAGGCACAGUUGGACACGUAUGUCAAAAAGACUGACAUAAAUGCUUCACCAGAAAAGUUGAGCAGGAGCUCAGUUACCACAUUCAAAUUGCCAAAGACCCAACUUUUUGAUCUAGGUGCUCAUGAACCUAUUACUAUGACAGAAAUAGACCAUACAAAAACAAAACAGGAAGCUGGAAAGACCAAUGAGGAUGAAAUCCAAAUUGAACUCCAUAAACGAGAGAACAUAGAGAAAGCUGGAAUGGAAACUAUACAACAAAAAGGAACUCCCAACAAAGUGGAAAAGGAAAAAGAGACUGGUGAAAUUCUGGAGCCUAAGUUGGCAGUACCAGUACCUGAGGGGCCAACCAUCACUUCUGAGGAGAGAAAUCGUAUACCUGCCACUUACACUAAAGGAUUAGAUAAGAAGUCAAAGAAAACAAAUAUUUCAAUGCCUAUGUUUGGAAUAACACAAACGGAUAUUAGAUUCUCAGACAUUGGGAUUGGACUACCAAAAAGAGACACCUCGGUGGAAAAGAAGGAUGAGGUCAAAGAUGAAAGCAAUGCAUUGCACCUUGAAAUGAAAAUGUCAGAGGCUGAAAUUAAACUCAGCAAAGUACCAGAUUCUGAAUAUUCCACUAUCAAAACUCAUGUGACAGACCUUCAAACACCUACAAUACGAACUUUAAGCUCAGAAACAAUGCCAGAGGUACCUUCAUCUGACAUUGAAGAAGCAGUUAUGGGCAUUGAUGUCCAAUCUGUUGAUGUCGGGAGAGGAGACAUCCAAAUACCGGAUGUUGAAGCCGAAGUACCCUCCGUUGAAGUUGAAAUACCAGAAACAGUUUAUAAAGAUAUUGAUGUGAAAAUUAAAAAACGACAGAUGUCAUUCCCCAAAUUUGGAGUUAAAGCCCCAGGGAUUGAUGUUAGUGUGCUAAAACCAGACAUCUCUCUUCCCGACGGAAACAUGGAGGUCAAAUUGCCUGAGGUGGAAAUUGAAGUUCCAAAGCUUCAAGUGGAAGUGAAAGAUACAGGAUUUAAAAUCCCAACUUUAAAAUUCACUAAAUUUGGAGCAGUUGCUCCAAUUGUCACAGUAGAGUCACCUGAUGUGGACAAGGAUAUCAAACUUCAUGGAACUGAAAGUCCAGAACCCAAGCUGUCAAUAUCAGGAAAAGUACAUGAAGUUGACUUUGAAAAACAGAGUGACUUUAAAAAAUCUAGUGUAAAGAUCCCAUCUAUAGAUGUGGAUGUGAAGACUAAAGGACUUGAACUGGAGGGGCAAGGAAGCAAGUUUAAACUGCCAAAUCAGGGAAUUUCAUUAACAAAAGUAAAAGGUCCUGAGAUAGAUUUAGGUGUAUCGAAGAAAGACAUAGAUGUCACUUUACCAGAGACCAACAUGGAGAUCCAACCACCUGAUGUUGAACUCAAAGUGUCUUCUGGUGAAGUUGAAAUGCCUGAGCGAGCUGCUACAGAGAUUGAUGUGAAAGUGAAAAAGCCACGGAUUUCAUUUCCAGGGCUUGGAUUUUCAAAACCUGAAGUAUGUGAGGUUGAUGUCAGUCUUCCAAAGGUGAAUAUUUCUCUUCCAGAAGGAAGUGUGGGGGUCAAAAAGUCAGAGGUGGAAAUGACAGCUCCAGAGAUUCAAGUUGAAGUGAAACAUGAUAUUGAGCUUGAGGGACAAGGAAGUAAGUUCAAACUACCCAAAUUUGGAAUAUCAAUGCCAACGGUAAAAGGUUCUAAGAUUGAUUUAAGUUUAUCAAAGAAAGUCAUAGACGUCACUUUACCAGAGGACAAAGUGGAGGUCCAACCACCUGAUGUUGAAAUCAAGUGCCUUCUGGUCAAGUUCAAAUGCCAGAGGGAGCUGCGACAGAGAUUGGUGAAAAUGAAGAAGCCCCGAAUGUCAUUUGGAUGGUUUUCAAAACCAGAAGUGAAAGCACCGGAGGUUGAUGUCAGUCUUCCAAAGGUGGGCAUUUUGCAUCCAGAAGGAAAGGUGAAGUUCAAAGAGCCAGAGGUGGAAUUUAAAGCUCCAGAGAGUCAAGUGGAACAUGAUAUUGAGCUUCAUGGACAAGGAAGUAUGUUCAAACUACCUAAAUUUGGAAUCUCAUUGCCGAAGGUUAAAAGUUCUGAAAUUGACUUAAGUGUGUCAAAAACAGAUGUAGAUGUCGACUUACCAGAGAGAAGAGCAGCUCUUCAACUACCCGAAGUUGAAGUUGGAGUGCCCUCUGUUAAAGUUGAAAAACCAGAAGCAGUUUCUAGAGAUAUUGAUGUGAAAAUGAAAAUGCCCAGAAUGUCUUUCCCAAAAUUUGGAUUUUCAAAACCAGAAGUGAAAUCACCCGAGGUUGAUGUCAGUUUUCCAGAGGUGGAUAUUUCUCUUCCAGAGGAAAGGGUGGAGGUAAAAGAGCCUGAGAUGGAAAUUGAAGCUCCAGAAAAUCAAGUUGAAAUUAAACAUGGAAUUGAGCUUGAAGAACAAGGAAGUAAGUUCAAACUACCAAAAUUUGGAUUCUCAUUGCCGAAGGUGAAAGGUCCUGAAUUUGACUUAAGUAUCUCAAAGACAGAUGUAGAUGUCGACUUACCAGAGAGAAGAGCAGUCCAACUACCUGAUGUUGAAGUUGGAGUGCCCUCUGUUAAAGUUGAAAAACCAGAAGCAGUUUCUAAAGAUAUUGAUGUGAAAAUGAAAAUGCCCAGAAUGUCUUUCCCCAAAUUUGGAUUUUCAAAACCAGAAGUUAAAGCACCCAAGGUUGAUGUCAGUCUUCCAGAGGUGGAUGUUUCUCUUCCAGAAGAAAAUGUGGAGGUCAAAGAGCCUGAGAUGGAAAUUGAAGCUCCAGAGAUUCAAAUUGAGGUGAAAGAUACCGUAGGCUCCCCCUCAAGAUUCAAAAUGCCAACUUUAAAAUUCCCUCAAUUUGGAGCAGCUGCUCCAAACAUCACAGUAGAGGUACCUGAUGUGGACAAGGACGUCAAGGUUCAUGGAUCUGAAAUUCCAGAACUCAAACUGACAAUGUCAGCAAUGAACAUUGAAAAGCCAAGUGUUGACCUUAAAGGCCCAUCUAUAGAUGUGGAUGUGAAGAGCAAAAGACUUGACAUUGUCACUUUACCAGAGGCCAGCGUGGAGGUCCAACCACCUAGCACUGAACUCAAAGUGCCUUCUGGUAAAGGUGAAAUUCCUGAGGGGGUUACUACAGAAAUUGAUGUAAAAAUGAGAAAGCCACGAAUGUCAUUUGGAUGGUUUUCAAAACCAGAAGUGAAAGCACCGGAGGUUGAUGUCAGUCUUCCAAAGGGGGACAUUUCUCUUCCAGAGGUAAAGGUGGAGGUCAAAGAGUCAGAGGUGGAAAUUAAAGCUCCAGAAAUUCAAGUUGAAAUGAAAUAUGGAAUUGAGCUUGAGGGACAAGGAAGUAAGUUCAAACUACCAAAAUUUGGAAUCUCAUUGCCGAAGGUUAAAGGUCCUGAAUUUGACUUAAGUAUCUCAAAGACAGAUGUAGAUGUCAACUUACCAGAGAGAAGAGCAGACCAUCUACCUGAUGUUGAAGUAGGAGUGCCCUCUGUUGAAGUUGAAAUACCAGAAGCAGUCUCUAAAGACAUUGAUGUGAAAUUGAAAAAGCCCCGAAUGUCUUUCCCCAAAUUUGGAUUUUCAAAACCAGAAGUUAAAGCACCUGAGGUUGAUGUCAGUCUUCCAGAGGUGGAUAUUUCUCUUCCAGAGGAAAGGGUGGAGGUCAAAAAGCCUGAGGUGGAAAUUGAAGCUCCAGAGAUUCAAAUUGAGGUGAAAGAUACCGUAGGCUCCCCCUCAAGAUUCAAAAUGCCAACUUUAAAAUUCCCUCAAUUUGGAGCAGCUGCUCCAAACAUCACAGUAGAGGUACCUGAUGAGGACGAGGACGUCAAGGUUCAUGGAUCUGAAAUUCCAGAACUCAAACUGACAAUGUCAGCAAUGAACAUUGAAAAGCCAAGUGUUGACCUUAAAGGCCCAUCUAUAGAUGUGGAUGUGAAGAGCAAAAGACUUGACAUUGUCACUUUACCAGAGGCCAGCGUGGAGGUCCAACCACCUAGCACUGAACUCAAAGUGCCUUCUGGUAAAGGUGAAAUUCCUGAGGGAGUUACUACAGAAAUUGAUGUAAAAAUGAGAAAGCCACGAAUGUCAUUUGGAUGGUUUUCAAAACCAGAAGUGAAAGCACCGGAGGUUGAUGUCAGUCUUCCAAAGGGGGAUAUUUCUCUUCCAGAGGUAAAGGUGGAGGUCAAAGAGUCAGAGGUGGAAAUUAAAGCUCCAGAAAUUCAAGUUGAAAUGAAACAUGGAAUUGAGCUUGAGGGACAAGGAAGUAAGUUCAAACUACCAAAAUUUGGAAUCUCAUUGCCGAAGGUUAAAGGUCCUGAAUUUGACUUAAGUAUCUCAAAGACAGAUGUAGAUGUCAACUUACCAGAGAGAAGAGCAGACCAUCUACCUGAUGUUGAAGUAGGACUGCCCUCUGUUGAAGUUGAAAUACCAGAAGCAGUCUCUAAAGACAUUGAUGUGAAAUUGAAAAAGCCCCGAAUGUCAUUCCCCAAAUUUGGAUUUUCAAAACCAGAAGUUAAAGCACCCAAGGUUGAUGUCAGUCUUCCAGAGGUGGAUAUUUCUCUUCCAGAAGAAAAUGUGGAGGCCAAAGAGCCUGAGAUGGAAAUUGAAGCUCCAGAGAUUCAAAUUGAGGUGAAAGAUACAGUAGGCUCCCCCUCAAGAUUCAAAAUGCCAACUUUAAAAUUCCCUCAAUUUGGAGCAGCUGCUCCAAACAUCACAGUAGAGGUACCUGAUGUGGAUAAGGAUGUCAAGGUUCAUGGAUCUGAAAUUCCAGAACUCAACUUGACAAUGUCAGCAAUUAACAUUGAAAAGCCAAGUGUUGACCUUAAAGGCCCAUCUAUAGAUGUGGAUGUGAAGAGCAAAAGACUUGACAUUGUCACUUUACCAGAGGCCAGCGUGGAGGUCCAACCACCUAGCACUGAACUCAAAGUGCCUUCUGGUAAAGGUGAAAUUCCUGAGGGGGUUACUACAGAAAUUGAUGUAAAAAUGAGAAAGCCACGAAUGUCAUUUGGAUGGUUUUCAAAACCAGAAGUGAAAGCACCGGAGAUUGAUGUCAGUCUUCCAAAGGGGGAUAUUUCUCUUCCAGAGGUAAAGGUGGAGGUCAAAGAGUCAGAGGUGGAAAUUGAAUCUCCAGAAAUUCAAGUUGAAAUGAAACAUGGAAUUGAGCUUCAGGGACAAGGAAGUAAGUUCAAACUACCAACAUUUGGAAUCUCAUUGCCGAAGGUUAAAGGUCCUGAAUUUGACUUAAGUAUCUCAAAGACAGAUGUAGAUGUCAACUUACCAGAGAGAAGAGCAGACCAACUAUCUGAUGUUGAAGUAGGAGUGCCCUCUGUCAAAGUUGAAAUACCAGAAGCAGUUUCUAAAGAUAUUGAUGUGAAAUUGAAAAAGCCCCGAAUGUCAUUCCCCAAAUUUGGAUUUUCAAAACCAGAAGUUAAAGCACCCAAGGUUGAUGUCAGUCUUCCAGAGGUGGAUAUUUCUCUUCCAGAAGAAAAGGUGGAGGUCAAAGUACCUAAGAUAGAAAUUGAAGCUCCAGAGAUUAAAAUUGAGGUGAAAGAUACCGUAGGCUCCCCCUCAAGAUUCAAAAUGCCAACUUUAAAAUUCCCUCAAUUUGGAGCAGCAGCUCCAAACAUCACAGUAGAGGUACCUGAUGUGGACAAGGACAUAAAGGUUCAUGGAUCUGAAAUUCCAGAACUCAAACUGACAAUGUCAGCAAUGAACAUUGAAAAGCCAAGUGUUGAACUUAAAGGCCCAUCUAUAGAUGUGGAUGUGAAGAGUAAAACACUUGAAAUUGUCACUUUACCAGAGGCCAGCGUGGAGGUCCAACCACCUGGAAUUGAACUCAAAGUGCCUUCUGGUGAAGUUGAAAUGCCUGAGGGAGCUGCUACAGAAAUUGAUGUGAAAAUGAAAAAGCCACGGAUGUCAUUUGGAUGGUUUUCAAAACCAGAAGUGAAAUCACCUGAGGCUGAUGUCAGUGUUCCAGAGUUGGAUAUUUCUCUUCCAGAGGUAAAAGUGGAGGCCAAAGAGCCUGAGGUGGAAAUGACAGCUCCAGAGAUUCAAGUUGAAGUGAAACAUGAUAUUGAGCUUGAGGGACAAGGAAGUAAGUUCAAACUACCCAAAUUUGGAAAAUCAUUGCCAAAGGUAAAAGGUCCUGAGAUGGAUUUCAGUGUAUCAAAGAAAGUCAUAGAUGUCACUUUACCAGAGGACCAAGUGGAGGUCCAACCACCUGAUGUUGAUAUCGAAGUGCCUUCUGGUGAAAUUGAAAUGCCCGAUGGAGCUGCUACAGAAAUUGAUGUGAAAAUGAAAAUACCACAGAUGUCAUUUGGAUUGUUUUCCAAAAAAGAAGUGAAACCACCUGAGAUUGAUGUCAGUCAUCCAAAGGUGGACAUUUCGCUUUCAGAGGGAAAUGUGGAGGUCAAAGAGCCUGAGGUGGAAAUGAAAGCUCUGGAGAGUCAAGUUGAAAUGAAACAUGAAGAUUUAUCAGUUGAUGGAAAACUAGAAACAUCAGAGAUGGGAUUCAAAAUGGCAACAUUCAAAUUCCCAAAAUUUGGUGCAAUGUCAAAGGUUGUAGUCUCUGAUGUCUCUGAUACAGAGAAGGAUAUUAAAGUGCCUGGGGUAGAAAUUAUAGAUCAACUACUUGGAGCUUCAUUACAAAUUGAUUUACCCGAACACGGGGACACAGUUGACAUUAAAGGAUCUAGAGAAGUACAGCUACAUGAUGCUGGAUCUGAAAGGCCCUCAGUUAAAGGUGGAAUGGCAAUAGCCGAAGUGUAUGUUCAUGAAGUUGAAGUUUCAAAACUGACAAUUGAUGAUAAAGGCCAUGGUUCCCCCAGCAAAGGUCAAGGCUCACCUAGUAAAUUCAAACUUCCAACCUUUAAAAUGCCCAGAUUGAGCAUUUCAAAAUCCAAACCUGAGAAUGAACAUGAUGAUAUAAAUCCAAAUGUUAUUUUGGAGAAUUAUGAGAUUCAAGUAAAACCACAAGGACCAGAGAAAUCACCAAAGUUGACUUUGACAACAUUUGGGGAGGUAUUAAGAAGCAUUGAUGUUGAAUUUGAUGUUCCCAAAUUAGAGGAAGUGGAUAAGAAGCUCACAGGCUCAAGGGAAGAUAUAACAGCCUCAGGGAAAACCGAACUAAAUGCUCAAACCAGUGUUGAAACCCAGUCUGUGCAUAAAGAGGAAGAAGCGAAAGAAAAAUCUAAAUUUGGGUGGGUUAAGUUUCCCACAUUUGGACUAUCUUCUCCUUCAGAAUCUGCUAAGAUUUUAGAAAAAGACACUUCUGAGAAAGGAGGAAGUGAGAAAAGCCCUGACUCUGUGGAACAGGAUGCCAGCUUGACCUUUUCAGUACACUCAUCGGAUGCUUUUGCAGAUAUUAGUUCAACAGUCACAAGCGAACAAUUUGGUCCACCAUUGGCCUCUCCAACCAAAGUCACAGUCAAAUAUUCUGAUCCUAUUGCCACUGAGGUACAGGGUGAUGUCAUCACCUCCACAGCAAGGACAGAAUUGAUUGCCUUUGAACCCUACUUGGCAGAUAAAGUCACCAUUCCGAUGUCCUCCGGAGUUUCCUCCUCAUCAGUGGACACCCUAAAACUGGAGUCUGGUACACAUGUCAGCACAUCCAAUAUACAAGCAAUACCAGACACACAGAAGGCCACACUCUUAACAGAUUUUGGAUUGCAGACAGGGACCGCCGGAGUUUCUUCUGCAUCUUGGUCAGUGGACGACACCAACAAAACACAGAGUGAUGGGCAAACAGUUAUUGAGAGGCAUGUAGUUAGGGAAAUGUCAGGCACUGACAAGGAAACGGUUUUCAUAACCCAAAAAAUGACACAUGUGUUUGUGGCUGAGCCCAUCUCAGAUGAAACAGCCUCAUCUAUCAAACAGAUCAAAGACACUAUGCAGUCUGAGAAAAUGACAUUUUUUGAUGGGGCUGAAUUGGAGUGACUGGGAGGAAGGAAUACAGUAUGAUAAAUCCCUCCAUUGAGGAGUAAUAUCAGUCAGAUUAUUAUUGUGCUCUUAUUAAUUGUGCUUUCAUUUAUGACCAAGUUUUAAUAUAUACAGUUCAAUGUUUUGAGUGUUUACCUAGUACACUAUAUAAGUACACAAAUUGGCAUACAAGCCCCAUGAUACAGGUAGCGUUGUAAAAGCCAACUUUGUCAAUGUAAUUACUUCCGCUGAGACCAGGUCAAUUCCACAGUAACAGAGUGACAGCAGCUAGGUUUCCAUCCAAUUCGGAAUAUUCAAAAAUCUGCAUAAAGAAAAUCUGCAAUCAAGUUUUAAAAAUAUGUCAUUUUCAAAAUACAUAAAUCAUCCCCGUAUGAUGCAAUUUGCAGCAUAUUUUGAAAACUUGAUUGCAGAGAAGCAAAACAUUUUGGGACUAUGUCAACAAUGAACUAAUGAAACAAAUACCAAAAGAUAAUUUCCGGGUGGAAUUUUUCUUUAAGUUUAUGCAUUAACUCAGAAUUAUUAAAGUUAGACAUUAACUCCAAAUGUUUAAGGUAAAGGUUAAGGAUUUGGGAGAGGCAUAAAGCAAAAAUAUCAAAAACAACUUUCUUUCGCUGGAUUCGAACAUGAAACCUUUGGCAAAUACACAUCAUCUCCCAACUUCCUCAGACAGGAAUGGUCAUCCAAUACUGACAUCUAUCGGGGUGACUUGCCUCUUCCAAAGUCAUAGUGGGUGGACCACACAAUAGCAUUCAGCCUGGUCUCAUAGACUAGACAUAACAUAGUAAACGCAAUUACGACAUACAAAUCAGUUUGGUAUGGUUACAUAAGACAGAAGGUUACAUAAAGCAAAAAUAAAUGUAAGGUGGCUGGUCGGGGUGGGUGUAUAACAGGAAAGUCUAGCAACCGAAAGGUUGUCUGUUUGAAUCUUAUCAUGGACAACGUUUGCAUUUGAGCUAAUUAUCAACUUUGUAACUACUUACUACUUGUGAGCAACUUUGCUACUACUUAGCAUGAUAACUAACCCUUCCCUAACCUUAACCUUAACCCUUUAACCUAACUCCUAACCAUAACCCUUAAUCCCUAACCCCUAGUCUAGCUAACAUUAACCACCUAGCCACCUAGCUAACAUUAGCCACAACAAAUUGGAAUUCUUAACAUAUCAUACCUUUUGCAAAUUCGUAACACAUUGUAUGAUAUGUAUCGGAUAUACAUUUACGAUGUUAGGUCGACCCCUGAGUUGCAGCAUCAUGUGACUCCAAUUGACUUCGAUAUGAUGGUUUUUAUAUACUGUAAAUAUUUGCACAUAAAAGCAUUUCCACCACCAUUUCUCGCAUAAUGAAUUUUACUGACACAAAAUGAUCCCACCUUGUCUAGCUUAUUUAGUUUUCUCCCCCAAAAAUACAUUUACUGACAAAUUUGCUGUUCCCAUCAGGUCUGUUGUGAAUUUUUUUUAUCUGACAUAGGCUACUUUCUUCGCAUAAAAUCAGAACAUUUUACAAAAAUACAUUUACUUGAAGAACAGUGCAAAUGCAAAGUUUUGUAACAGAAUGAGAGUUUGUGCCUCAUUCUGUUACCAGCAUUUUUGGUGGUUGUUUCCUUGUUUGCAGAAAUUGUAAUAGUUUGCCUAAUUUCAGUUUAUGUGACAAAACAAGCAUGUAGAGUGUAGAGAAUCAUUGUACCAUCUAAACCACUGUGAAAUAUAUUUCCAUAACUAAAAAUGAAGCAUUUUCAGCUGUUUGAAGCUGGUGUACAAAACUGGAAAUAUAAGACGCAAAAAUGAAACGUAAGAACUGGAAGCAUAGAAAUAGCGCACAUAGAACAGAUCUAACACUUCUUGCUUUCAAAGAAAAGGACAGAUCUAUAACUCAUAGUUCUAUAUGAAUUUGGUCCCGUUGCCCAAAAAGUUACGUAAUGCAGCUUUAAAAGUAGUCAUUGUGCAUAGAGUUGUAUGGUUUGUUUAACUUUGCAAUCAUUGAUUUUGGUUUGACAUACAUUUUAAAGUAAAAUAUCUGAGUCUCAGUGUCACUCUGUUACCAUGGAAUUGUACACCACUGAGACCAUUGCUGUUUUUAGACAUCUCUGCAAAUUGUUAUGCUGUACAUAUAAUGAAGAGGAACUUGUUAAUCCACUGCCAUAUGCAUUUAUGAAUGAUCUCUGAUGUCUGCUCUUUAUUCAACAGUCAUAUAUAGAUAUAAGGUAUAAAUGAUCAUGAGUCUGAAAAAUUAAUACGCAAUGAUAUACAUACAAACCAUGCAACAUUAAUAGAACAAAAACAGAACACAUAUAUAAGGAACUAUUCAAAUCUGUACACUCAAUACCAUGAAAUACAUGAUGCUAAAAUUGAAUGCUCGUAAUCACAGUAAAAUGCAGAAAAUAUAUAUUGAUGCAACUUUAUUUUGAUUAUAAUGAUGCCUAGUUUUGAUUUGCCAUAAUGUAAAACUAAUAGAUUUUGUUUUCUGUGCAAAGUAGAAACAUUUUAACACCUAUGUAAAUAGUUGAUUUAUUGCCUUAUUUUGAUUGUUGCUAUUGCCUUAUUCUGCACUGAUGUAGUCAAUUUAUUUGCAAAACUAUAAAUAAUAAAUAUUCUAAAAUAUUAA